AUGUCUCGAAAAGACGAUCAGAUUUACGAUUCCAUGCUGCUGAAUGGAGCAGAAAAAGCGGACGGGUUGGAUUCGUUCUUCGUUACUCAGCCACCUCUGAGGACAACAGUACCUGCAAAGUACAGCGUCGUAGAUUCGCCAGCUCCUUCAGAAAGUCUGAGCGACCUCGUGCAGCCGGAAGUCAAAAGCACAACAAGGUAUCGGGCUCCUCUACGCUUAGUGACUAUCCCUCCCACGUCAAGCACACCUCUUGCUCCAUUCAAGCACCACCUACACUGUCAGUGGAGGAAGGUCUUCAGCGGAACCGUGGCAGAUGGCUGCUCUGCAACCAUUCCCACUCAUCCCGCCUCCAGUUCCCUGAUCUCACAAGACUCCACACAAAUUCCACCAAAUCCUUUUCUACCAAUUACGCCAGCAAGCGAGCUGAACGUUACCUAUCCGUUCAUCCCCAUCGGCACAAGCGAUUCGAGACCGCCUCCUUUCUCACCACCACAGAUGACGCCGUUCAAUCCUCCGCAAGGACAACAGCGAAUAAUUCAU